AUGGAUCCUCCCCAAGUACAACUCCCAGGCUCAGACAGGACUGACGCUCAGAGACAAGCUCAGAAUGAGUCCAAUUCGACUCAAAACACUAGCAAUUCUGUCGAGAUUGACAUGGGAGGCACCCAGGAAACCGCGACCCAGAAUGUGACAGCUACGGAAGAUGCUACUUUGCCCGAUGCGCAACCAGAAGCUGAAGCAGCACCAGAACCUCCUACUCCCGCGAAAAAGCUAGUUGCUCCGUCAUUUCUGAAGUAA